AUGCCAACCUUCGUUCUGAUAAAAGAAGGCAGGGAAAUGGAGCGAAUACAGGGUGCAAACCCACAAGCAUUAGAGCUAGCUAUAAAUAGACACUACUCUUCCACACCGGCUAAUCCGAAUGCCGCCACUGAUCGCGAGAAACAGUUUCUCCAACAGUUCGUUCCUUACGUUGACAAGGUCAAGCUGUAUUCGGAUAUUGUUUAUAAAACUCUCGCAAUCAGCUUGAUUCCUGCUGAUGAUUUGCGUCAGCGAGCAACUGAUGAGAAUGGUGUCCUAAAUCGAUUCCAGUUGGCUAAAGAGUUACUCAGCUGGUUCAAGAACGAUUUCUUCUCGUGGUGUGAUAGUCCUGUUUGUGAAUCAUGUGGAUAUCAGACAAUGAAGGGUUCAGGAUUGCGUGGUACUCCAACAAUAGAAGAACGCGAGUCCGGAGCUGACAGGGUGGAGAUCUACAAUUGUUCAUGUGGUCAAGAAGUGCGAUUUCCACGUUACAAUGAUCCCGCAAAAUUGCUUGAAACAAGAAAAGGACGAUGCGGCGAAUGGGCUAAUUGUUUUGGCUUGGUGGCUGCUGCCAUGGAUUUUGACGUGCGAUUCAUUUAUGAUGUUACUGAUCACGUGUGGGUUGAGCUGUGGAUCCCAGAGUGCGACAACUGGGUUCACUGCGAUCCCUGCGAAAAUGCCAUUGAUAAGCCGUUGUUAUACGAAAAGGGUUGGGGUAAGAAUCUAAGCUAUGUAAUAGCAUUUGGGACAGAUCACGUCUACGACGUGACUUGGCGGUAUGUAUUGGAUCCUAGGAAAACCUUGAAGCUCCGGAACAAAGUUCGCGAGCCGGUUCUCAGCAACUUUCUAUCGAAACUCAACUUGCGCGCUGGGGUGGACAGUACUCCUUCAAGAGCUACGGAGUUGAGAAGACGUCGAGUUCGAGAAUUGGUGGAGUUCUUGAUAAUUGGCAAAAGACGUGACGAUGGGCAGGUGUAUGGUGGACGCAUGUCUGGUGAUGUCGAAUGGCGAGCGGCACGAUCUGAGCUGGGCUGCAGCUCCAAGCAAGAACCCUCUAUAAUUACUCUAACUCCUGAAGAAAUAUCUAACAAAAAGUUCAGUUUGGAGUACAACUGUGCCCAGGAUUGUUAUACACGAGGAACCGACACCAUUAAAGGUUGGUCAACUUACGCGAACUGCAAGGGGAGUGUUCAGCGGAAGCAAGAAUCGGACUGGAAGAUGGCUUACUUGUGUCGCAGUGAGAAUGAGAAAGAAGCCGAAAUUUCUUGGUCGAUCAAUCUCUGUGAUGUGAAGGUGAAAUCUUUCCGUCUCCAAGUUUUUGGAGCAACUGUUUAUGAAGAUGGAUCAGUUAUGGUUACCGUAUGUGCUGGCGAUAUAUGCUAUCCUCUACGAAAAGGAUCGAAUGAAUUAGUGUUAGACGAUGUGCCUUCGGCUGUUUUGAAGAUCAAUGUUCAUUUCUCUGGUGGAACGGGAAACAAUGCGUUCCAACAUGCUCAGCUGUUUCGGACACCACUAGACAGUCCGGAGUCGCAAAUGAAAAUCGAUAUUGAGCUUGUUUGA